AGCAAGGGGAUGGACUAACCCAUUGCUGCGGGCGGCUGCUGCUACCCCUGCUGCCGCUGUUGCUGCUGCUGCUGCUGCUGCUUCUGCUACUGCUCCCGGUGCUGCUGCCGCUGCUGCUCCUGCCUCUGCUGCUACCGCUGCCGCUGCUGGUUCCUGGAAGCUGGGGCCUUAGGGUUUCUGUUCCUGGGUACACCAGGACAGCAGUCCAGGGCUGGUACCAUCUUUUCCAGUAUGGCUUCUAGGCAGGUGAGCCGGGUUAGAGCCCCUUCAUCUACUGCAGAGGAACAGGUGGCUCUACAGACUGAAGAGGUUUUCCGAAGCUAUGUCUUCUACCGCCAUCAACAAGAGCAGGAAGCUGAGGGAGAUGCUGUCCUUGCAGACCCAGAAAUGGACACCCUGCCACAAGAGCUCAACAGUACCACAGAACAGGUGGGCCGACAGCUGGCCAUCAUUGGGGAUGACAUCAUUCGCCGAUAUGACUCAGAUUUCGAGGUCAUGCUGCAGCGUUUGCAGCCCACCCCAGAAACUGCCUAUGAGUACUUCACCAAGAUCGCCUCCAGCCUAUUUGAAAGUGGCAUCAACUGGGGCCGAGUGGUGGCACUGCUGGGUUUUGGCUACCGGCUGGCACUAUAUGUUUAUCAGAGGGGUCUGACUGGCUUCCUGGGCCGUGUGGCUCGCUUUGUGGCUGACUUCAUGCUCCAACACUACAUCGCCCGCUGGAUUGCCCAGAACGGGGGCUGGGUGGCAGCCCUGGACCUCUCCAACAACUCCAUUUGGAUGAAAAGGACAGCCCUGUGCUACUGUGGCAGAGCAGCUGGACGGUGGUCACUCCAAGCUUCCAGGCAUCUUUCUUACCUGAGAGCCGGGGGUACAAGUCCCCGGCCCUAGCCCUCCACCGUGCUCAUAGGCUCUUCUCUUUGAGAUCCAUCAGGUCAGAGAGGAGAAUACAGCUUCCCCCUCCUUCCCAAAAUGAGCAGACUCAAACACACACGGAUCUGUGGAAAGCCUCCAAAACAGGGCCAUCUUGAUUCAUCUAGAGGAAAGAAGAUUAGAACUACUUAUUUCUGAGAAGAGUGUUUUAUUUUUUAAUAUUUUAUAUAUAUUUUUUAAAAUAAUUACUUAGAUUGCUUAUGAUUGCUUAUCUUCAUCUCCUUUCACCUUCUCCCUCCUCAAGGCUUAGAUGAUUCUUGAUAAGGGGGGGCAUCAUGUGAGUCAAUAAUUCUCAAUUACAAAUAGCCCUCCCUUAGUGAAAUAUAAUGUCAAAGCCAGAACUGGAUUCAUAGACUCAAAGGAGCAGAAUUGAGAGACCUUAGAGACCUUUAUUUUACUGAGGGAGAAACUAAGGCUCAGGAAGGAGAACUGAAGAUACUACUUAACCCUGCUUUUCCCUAGCCUUGAUUAGGCUGCUCUUGUAACUAGCCAUUCUCUCAGGUUUCUUGGGCCUGUAGGGACUUUCCAUCCCCAAAAAGAAAUUCUUUCCUCCCCCAGGGUCUAACUUACUUUCUUGGUAACCCUUCAACUGACUAGCUUGCUUCAGUUUUCUACUCUUCAACAUUGCAUUUUCUACUCUGUCCUCCCAUACUUGUCCCAAACCCUAUCACUACAAUCCCUUGGACUUCCCUUUCCUUCUCUUUCUAACAUACACCCCACUCUGAUCACACCUCUAUUUUUGUCAGGCUUCCAGAUUAAAUGUAGAGAUUACUCCUACAGGCUACUUAGGCCAAAGACUAGGAAGAACAGGGAGGGAGCUCCACCCUAAUCCUGUCUCUACUAUACCUGUGGAAGGUGGGACUGUACACUAAUAUACAAUUUGUAGGGUACUCCCUAAACCUACAAACAAGAGCCAGAUAGGCCCAGGGCACAGUGUAAUACCUGGGGUAGGCAUAGGAGACACUGAAAACUCAACUCUGCUCCCCAAUACUUCAGAACUGCCUACCAGAUAGGUGUCCUUGAAAAGCAUCUUAAGGCUAUUUGAUAAUAAAUGUGCAAUCCCACAACUUCUGCCUUGCAAAUUUUUAUACUCUUAUCUUAAAUGCCCCUUUGGUUCUGUACUUUCUUCUUCAUCCCUACUAUCACCACCCACUCAUCAUGUUCAUGAAGACCCCCUAGCAAAGAUCCAAGGGGAGAUGUUCUCAGGUUGAUGAGGCUUCAACUCAUCAACUCAAGUAUAGAAAUAUUUGAGCUCCAGAUGGAAUUAGACAUCAUCUGAUUUGGGCCCUUACUUUGACAGAGAAAUGACAUCCAAAGGGGACUUGUCUGGGAGAGUAUGGAAACCAUAAGGAACAGAUAUGAAAUUUAAAUUUACUUCUUGAAAUAGGCAGUAUGAUGUAAUUGUAAGAGUACAGAAUUCAUAAUCAGAAGAAAGCUGGAUCCAGUUCUUCUACACUUAGGACCUGUGAGAUCAUUUUAUGGAGGGAGAAACUGAGGCAUAGUAUGUAUUAGGAUUCUUACAUGGUGCUAAGUCAGUUGUCUAAUUUUAGCAUCGUGUUUAGCGGUUCUCUAACUCACUAAUGUAUUUAGUACUCAUUGGAAUUCUACAAGAUUCACAAGUCCAGGAACUCACAAUCCCACUCGCGGAGGAGGAGUCAAUUCAUUCCUUAUAUUUGAUCUUUCUGCUGGCUGGAAGCUUUUGGAGUCAGAGUUGAGCAAGAGGUUGAAGCUGGCAGAGGCAGAGGCAAAGGACUAGCGGCAAGAGCUCUUGGAACCAAGGAGAGAGGUCUCUAAGAAAACUAACCGGGUUAUUUUGGAAGAGACAAUAAAGGAUCUGAACUUUUAA